AUGAACUUAGCAGAAACUCCUCAUAGUGGCACAAGACUGAACCGUCAAGGCCGCGCCAUUGCACGCAUCGUCUACCGCGACCGCCAGCUCAACUUUAAGCUCAGUCGAUGGACGCAAAAGGCUGUAGGCCAGAAGCUCCGCGUCUCCCAGAAACAGAUCAGUCGCGCCAUCAACAACCCGGACAACGACGACGUUGGGGGCGACCUCACCUUUGUCGCCAAGGCUAAGAUGUGGCAGCGACGCUUCCAGACGAAGAUAGACCGUGACUCGCAGCGGGCCAAAACGGAAUCAGAGCCCGAGAGCUGGGCCUCGGAAUUUAUGGGCACUGAUCACGACAACGACGACAUCAUGUGCGACGUAGAGUCCAACGCCGACUCAGACUUGAAUCAGCCUGCGAUUUCCAGUGAAAGUUUCGGCCCAAUCACACGCGCCAAAACCAAGGCACGAUCCAACAGUGCUGUUGCCAAUGCACAAGAUUUGAGAGAGAAAGGAGCAAGUCCGGCAACCUCACCAGCUGUCGACCCCGUCCAGUGCCAAGUAUCCGUGCCAACAGAGACCGCCAUUGUUACCGGCCUAUCGAAGAGCAUGUCCAAGUUCCUUGCGGAUGUCAGAGGCUUGAACAUGGUCCAUCACCAGGCAAUGUUCGAGGCCAAGGGCUUCACCUCACUCACGAAACUGCUCGAAUACGCGCGUCUCGACGAAGCCGAGCUCGCGAGUGCGCUGGAAAUCCUGUUCAAAAACGAGCUGUCGGAGUGUGACCGCUGCUUGCUCCGCUUCGCUAUCCGGGAUCUGAAUAUUUGA